GUUUACAAACAUUUUUGUGAUGUGCCUCAACGAUAUUUAAGAUGCAAUCGAGAAAAAUUCGUUGGAUUGUUCAAAUUCAGGAAGAUCCAUGGCAAGGUGAGAACGUCGAGGAGCAAAUUUCUUGCAUUAAAGAUGAGCGGGAAGACGUACAAAAGAAAACGUUUGCAAAAUGGAUAAAUUCGCAGUUGCUCAAGAAUCAUCAUGAACCGAUUUCCGAUUUGUUCGUGGACUUACGAGAUGGCAAUCGGCUACUGUCCCUGUUGGAGGUUCUCACGUCGAAAGUCUAUAAAAGAGAACGAGGUCGAAUGAGAGUUCAUCAUCUGAAUAACGUCAACAAAGCUUUGCAAAUUCUUGAACAGAAUAACGUGAAACUCGUAAAUAUUAGCAGUAACGAUAUAGUUGACGGGAAUCCUAAGCUAACACUCGGAUUAGUAUGGAGUAUUAUCCUACACUGGCAGGUUCAUUAUCAUCUGAAGGAUUUGAUGACGGAAUUGCAACAGACAAAUCUGGAAAAAACUCUAUUAGCAUGGUGUCGACAGAAUUCACAGAAUUACCCUGGAGUUGACAUAAAAAAUUUCACGACAUCUUGGUCAGAUGGUCUUGCAUUCAAUGCGAUUCUUCAUAAAUGGAAACCACAUUUAUUCGAUUUCAAUAAUAUAGCGCGUAAACAUCCGAAUGCUAGAUUAGAUCACGCAUUUCGUAUUGCUCAUGUACAAUUAGGCAUCGAACGAUUGUUGGAUCCAGAAGAUGUGAAUACGUCGGUGCCGGAUAAGAAAUCAAUUAUGAUGUAUGUUAUGUGCCUUUUCCAAUCGUUACCUCAUUCCGGAGACGAUAUAGGCGAGUUAGAUCUAUCGGUAGCGAGUGACGGUAGCCCGGUUACGACACCUGGAGCAGAGAACACGUUAUCCUUCACAAAUUUUGGAACACCGACGUCGCGACCGAUGAGUCUUGCAACGAACGUGUCUGUAGAACUUGGUGGUUACCAAGUUGCUCUCGAGGAAGUGUUAACCUGGCUUCUAGAGGCGGAGGAUAAAUUAAAUCAUGCACCGGAACCUGGGUCUAGUUUAGAGAUACUGAAACAACAAUUUCACGAACACGAAACAUUUUUGGUGGAAUUGUCUGGUCAUCAAGAUGGAGUUGGUGCUGUGUUGGAGGAGGGUGCAAGAUUAUUAGCGGAAGGCGGAUUACACAAGGACGAGGAACACGAAGUCCGUGUUCAAAUGUCAUUGCUAAAUUCUCGGUGGGAAGGACUUCGAAUGCGUGCAAUGGAAAGACAAACUAAAAUUCACGAGGUUCUCAUGCAAAUGCAGCAAGGCCAGUUAGAUGCAUUGCGACAGUGGUUAACGAGGACCGAAGAUAGGAUUUCGUUAAUGGCUGCUAUUGAAUUGAACCAAUCUGCUUUAGAUGAUCAACUGAAACAAUUAAAUGAACUGGAACAAGAUAUCGGGGCGCAGCAAGGAGUUGUCGAUGGUAUGAGAAAUAUGGUAGUUGUCGUGGAUGAAGAAAACUCCGAAGCGGUUUAUGCGCAAAUGGAAGAUCAAUUGUCAGCCCUUGGAGAACGAUGGACUCAUAUUUGUCAAUGGAAAGAAGAAAGGAGGCAACGUUUGCAAACUCUUUCCUUGCUUUGGCAAAGUGUGAACGAUGAUUAUAAAAGAUUAAUGUCAUGGUUGAAUGAAACUGAAAUUACGUUAAAACAAAUGGAAGCAAAUCCAGCAUCUGAGAUUGGCGAAGUUCUUGAAAGAAUUAAAAAAUUACAAAUUUUGAAAAUGGACAUGGAUGCUAAUCAGCGAAAGUUAAUAUCUUUGCAAAAAUCAAUCCAAGAAUUGGAAGGACAAAGUACUUCGCCAGACUGUAUUAAUAUAUUAGAGAAGAUCGAAAAUUUGCAGGAUCGAUGGGAUGCGGUAGGACAGAUAAUGGAAGUGCAAACUCAAAGGAUAACAAAUACGGGAUUUGAAUUUGAUCUAAAAACUGAAAGGGAAACAACGAUGAUAACGGGCAAUGAAUGGAUGUCUGAAACAGUAACGAGUAUCGCUUACAAAGAAGAAAUUACUGCAACUGUCACGUGUUGUCGUGUAGAUAGUACAACUAGGCAUGAAUUUGAAUCUGCCUUACACAAUCUGUAUAAAUGGCUCGAUUAUGUUGACUUAGAAAUUGGUCGAUCCGAAGGGGUAUUUGAUGAAUUGAGCAUCGAAGAAAAGAAAGUCGUUUACAAUGAUACAACAGCUGAUAUAAAGGCACACACAGAUGAUUACAACAAAGUUUUGGAGUUAGGAAAACAGCUUCUCGAGGAACUAAGAGAUGCUAAUGAGUCGUUUGAAUCAGAGGAAACAAAAAUUCAAGAUAUACAGAAUUGUUGGAUGGCAACAAACAAUCGGCUCGAAGAAAUAAAAUGUCGUAUAGAAUAUCUAGAAGAAGUGAAAAAAUUUCGAACCGAAUUGGCUAGUUUAAAUUUAAUGUUGGAUAGCUAUUCUAAAUGGUUUGAUUCAAACAAAGAAAACAGUCAAGUGGAACCAUUUCGGGUAAAAUUGAAGUCAAUGAAAUCUCACGAAGAACGUAUAAAAAAAUUGUUAGAAAAAGUCAAAGAAUUGUCAGAAAAUCAAAUUGGUAUUAAUGAAACUGUUAAUUUACAUACAGAUAUACAAACGUUUGUUUGUAGCUGGGAGAAAUUAUAUAAAAUAUUAUCUGAAAAAUUAGCUGAAAUAAAUGAUGCGGUAGACAAAACACCACCAAAGAAAUAUACAGAUGCAGUUGCUAAUCUCACUUCUUUUAUUAAUAAUGUAGAAAGUAUGUUAUUGUCAGAGCAUAUAGUGAUGUCAGAUGAUAAAACAAUGACAGAACAAUUGCAAAAGUUCAGUGAUCUGCAAAAUUCUUUGAGAGAACAUCAAGAUAUUUUUAAUUAUGUGAACAGUGUUGGACACGAGUUAAUAAUGAAGACCAGUGGGGAGUCUCAGGGGCAAAGACUUAAAGAUGCAUUACAAGAUCUUAUCACCAAAUGGAGUGAUAUACCUAUAAUACUUGAGGAACGUCAACAAAACUUGUUGAAAGAUAUACAGUCCUUAAAGAUAUUUAAUAAUGAACUUUCGGAGCUUGAAAACUGGCUCGAAAAGUCGAGUCAGUAUCUAGAAGAACUAUCAAAAGAUAAUGCAUCAAAUGAUAUUGAAACAAUGGAACGUAAAUUGAAGCAGAUCCAAUCUUUCUGCGAGGAUAUAAAUCAAACGAAACCGAGAAUAGAAAAACUACAAACAUCUACAAAUAGAUUACUUGAAAAUUCUGAACCAAAAUUUGCGAAUGUGUUAAAUAACAAGUUGGAAAUUGUAUCGCAUGAAUGGAAUGCUAUUGUUGAUGGUGCUAAUAGUUUAAAUGAUAAGUAUGAAGAUACAUUGAAAAAGAAUGAUGAAAUUAUAAAUGGUAUAGAAGAUUUUACAAAGUGGUUAGCAAUCUUAGAAAAAGAAAUACCAGUUGAAACCAAAAUAACGUCUUCAGUUGAAUUGUUUCAAGUUCGUGGUCGGUAUCAGUCAUUAAAAGAAAAGAUAGAUAAACGAGUAGAGGAAUUUAGAAACCUUAACGAAAUGGGUAAUGAUAAGUUGUUAAGCUCCGAAGGAUCUUCGGUACAGGAACUUGGUAGACGAUUUACAUUUUUAAAUGCACGAUGGACAGAUGUUACAGACCGUAUUUAUGAACGUUAUAGACAUUUACAAAAUGCUAGCCACGAAUAUGGCGAAUUUCGGGCUUUAGUUGCACAAGAAAGUGACUGGUUGGAUAAGUUAGAUAAAAGAUUGAAGAGGUCAACAGAAAGUGCUGCAGAUGCUGAAGAAAUAUCAGAAGAACUUGAUGAUUUGGAAAAUUAUAUACGAAAUCAUCCAGAAUUAAGACUUGAAAAGAUACAAGAAAUUGGUAAACAAUUGAUUGAAAGUAAUAUCAUGACUCAAUCUAUUCAAGCAGAUGUAGAGAGCUUGACAAGUCGUUGGAAAAGCUUAAAUAAUCAGGCAGGCCAGCGAGCAAAGCUGCUGGAGGGAUCAGUGAAGCAAGCACAACAAUCAGAAGGACGUAUUCUUGCUCUUCAACACUCCUUAACGCAAAUAGAUUCUGUACUAACUGCACGUCUUGACUGCGACCUUACCGCUGAUGAUCUGCCUCAUGAUUAUCAGAAAUUAAUGGAAGAAAUGGAGCAUCAACGUUCAACACUUCAAGAAAUGGCAUUGCAAAUUGAAUCAUAUAAAGCUUCUGGAAAACAAGAAGCUGCAUUGAGAUUACAAGAGCAGCUAAUCCUUAUCGAACAAAAAUUUUCUGAGGUGCAAAGGAAAUUCCAACGUUUCCGAUGUCCAACGAAUUUAGAACCAAGAUUAUCCAGAGCUUUACGAGAACUUAGGGGGAUAGAAGAAGCAACUUGUUUAUUAGAAUUAUCAUCAGAAGAUCCAGAAGCUAUUGAAGGUCAACUUAAACAUUGUCUGCGCUUUUAUCAAACAUUAAGUGAAAUUAAAAGUGAGAUAGAAAAUAUUAUAGUAACUGGUAGAAAAUUAGUUGAAGAAAAAAGUGUCACUGAACCAGAGAAAUUUUCACGACGAAUUGAUAUGCUAAAGGAAUUGUAUAAUAAGUUGGGUUCACAUAUAACUGAAUCAAAAGUUUGCUUGGAAACAGCAUUGGAUUUAUCACGUGAUAUGUAUAAAAAUAUGUCUUAUAUUAAUAUGUCCAUAGACAGUAUUAACAAGGAAUUAGAUACACAGAAAAAUAUGCCUGAUCUUCCAGUUAAUGCAAUAUAUGUACGAGAAACUUUGACAGAAGUAAUACCACGGUUAAACGUUGUGAAAGAUAAAUUAUUAAAUUCUCAGGAAGAUUUUUCCAAACUUUGUGAUCCUAUGUAUUUAGAACAACUUAAGGAAAAAUUAUCAGAUGUUGUUACUAGAUUAGCAAAUACUGAAAAAAGAUUAAGACUAUGUAGUGCCACAGAGGAAGAACCUAACGUUGACGAAAUAAAAGCUUGGCUUUUACAAGUUGAAGAAAAACUGAAUAAAUUAGACGGUGUUCCGGUCGAUCAGCUGACGGAAAAUCAUUUUGAGCAAUGCAAAGCUGUUCAAAGUGAAAUGAUCGAAGCAAAACCAAAAGUCAAUCAACUACAACGUUAUACCUAUUAUCCAAAGGUUUCAGAUGUCUGCAAGAAGUGGGAGGAUAUAUCCAAUAGAAUACAAGAAUGGAUCCACAAAAUCACAGACAGUUUAUUAAUAAAAAGUAAGGUGGGAGAAACUAAGGGGAGAGACAAUUAUGGACGCACUAAAUUGUCUAGACAGCCGGAUCAAACUUCGGUGCAGCUAGCUAAAAAAGAAACUAAAUUAAUAGAUGAAAAUGAGGAGGUAUAUGGCAUAGGAUAUCUUAAUCCUGCGUUUGAUGAGAGUCAGUGUAAUGUUAUACAUACACCUGAAAGUUCACCAGUUGAUAUUGUUCACCGAAAUCGGAAGUCUUCCGUAAAAUCUGAGAAAGUAAAAGCUAAAAUCGUAGAUGUUAGUAGAACUGUUAGACGAAAAUUAGAUAUGAGUUCUGUACCCGAUGUUGUUCAAACUUCUCAACCACAAGUCGUUCAUAUUGAUGACGAUCUACCUUCUUCAUCACCUGAUACAGAUGUGUAUAUGGCCGAUGAAGAAUUCUUUCUAUCCAAAAAUAGCAAAUUAUUUUCUCAAGUUUCUUCUAAUACACUGGUUACAACAGAAUCAAAACCGUUCAAUGUAUAUAAUACACAGAUGAACCCCUUCCAUAUUGUAGAAGUGAAAGAAAUGGAAAUAGUAAAAUCAGUUGCAUCUCCCGAAGAUCACGUAAUAUUACCAAGUGCGAAUGUCAGUGUAGGAUUAAUGCCACAAGUUGUUGAAAGAGUAGAAAUUAUCGAAGAUACAGAGACAGAACCAGAAUCAGUAGAUACUGAUACCGAAGAUAAAGAAACUAGGGUAAAAAUUUGUAGUGCAAUUAGUGGAAAUCAAACAGUUAAUAAAAAAAGAGAACUUAUUCCUAUCUUAAAGAAGAAAAGGCCAAUAGAUCCAUAUUCUGCAAAAAGCGUAAAAAAGUUAACUCUUAAAUUAGAUGUUGAGGGUGUUUCAAAGGACAAUCAAAUUUCAAAUAACAAAUCAUUAAAAAGUCCACAAUUUUCAUGUAAAGUAAAUAGAUUUGAAAAAACUUCCAUGUGGAAAGAUAAGGAUAGCAUAGCUGAAUAUCUUAUACUUGAAGAUAAUGAAAUGAAUACUAAGUUAAGUUCAUCAGGAAUCAGUCCUACAAAGAGCAGGAAAGAGCACAUUAAUGAUAGAGAGUCGACAUCUGGAAAAGAUACAGAUUUUUCAAAGUUACGUAGCACUGAGAAUCAUAAUAUUGAUUGUGACAAGAAUACAAAAUUAUUGUUAUUUAAACGUACCAGAAGUAUUUCAAAAGAUGAUACAUUAGAGGAUUGUGAAAGCUUCUAUGGAAGCGAUAAAGAAACAGAUGAUGUUUUGAUUUUUUCUGAUGACACAGAAAUUGAUGUUGGAAGUUCCAGUUCAGAUGGAGAAGAUUCAAAUUUAGGAGAGCAUGUUGAGCACCUCUUGGGCAAGAUACAGGCUGAAAAGUUGUGUCAAGAAAUACAACAUAGAGCAGAGGUAAAGGUUUCUGGUGAUAAAAGACUUUUUAAAGUUUCAACUAGUUUAUCUAGAACAGGCUUGGAAAAAAAUAUUUUGGAAUUUGAACAAGCUGCACAAAGGAUGUUACAUAGAAUGGAUGUUAUGUUGAUGAGCAUCAGUGGAAUCACUAAUGAAAAAGAUCCAACUAAGCGACUGGAGGUACUAAAAGGAGAAGUUAGUACUCUUGCUCCAGAUGCAGCAGCUUUGAUUAGCAAAGGUGAUGGUCUAGUCAUGACAGUGCACACUUCUGAUCCUGUUAGAGCCGAAAAAAUAAAAAAUGAACAUCAGGAUAAAUUAAGAAGUAAAUGGCAUCAAGUUAUGUCUGAAAUAGAAACAAGACGCACACAAGCACAACGAGGAGAAGAAAUGUUACGGCAAUAUAAUAUUAUAGUAGCGGAAUUUGAAGAUUGGUUUCGAGAUGUGCCAUUAAAACUGGAACAAGUAAAUAAUUAUGAAGGCCAGUUAGAAUCGUUUACUAUAGAAUUUGAUGCUAAACAAGAACAGAUUAAAAAGUUAAAUGAUUUGGCUGUUGAGUUAAAAAGAUUAAAUAUCGGAUAUUCUGAAACUAUACGAUAUAGCAUCAAUAGUAGGUGGCAAGAAGUUAGUUCACAAUUCAAAAGAUUCAGUGGUAGUAAGGAUAAGGAUAAACACGUGACCGAUAAAAAAGUUGAAAUGGAUGUAGGGGGUGUUGAUAUGCAAGAAUUUACUGCAAGGGUUAAUAAGAUCAGAGAAGCUGUCGUGACUGUGACAAGGUCUUUAAAUUCCGUGCCUCUGAAUGGCGAUGAUUAUGAAAUGUUUUCGAGUCAGGAGGAAUGUUUAAAAAAGAUUAGUAAUGCGUUAAAUAUCCUAAAACCGAGUAUCGAAGAGAUCAAUUCCGUUUUCGAAAACGUUGCUUCGCAAUUACGAAGAGAACAAGCCGAACAAAUUAGACGUUUAAGUGAUAAAUUACGAGACGAAUGGAUAAAUGUCAACCAGAGUUAUGUAGAAAGAUAUAAUCGUUGGAAUAAAUGUUACGAAAAGUGGAAAGAUCUUUGCAAUACGUGUCGAACAUUUUCCGACUGGCUGGAUAAAACGGAAGAAUCAUUGAAAAAAUUAAAUUGCCUUGGUCAAUCUAAAACAUUAAAAACAAAGACAUUUGAAUUGGAACAAGAGAUUUCUAGGAUGCAAAGAACUAUGAACAAUGUUAAUGUUUCAAGUGCUAGUAUUUUAAGUCGCGCCAAACCUGAAGAUAUGAUGGAAUUAAGAGAUAUUGUUGAAAUGAUAAAGAGGCGUUGGCAAAAUAUCGUAACUGAUUUAAAUACACGAAAAGAAAAGAAUUUUGCUAUGGAAAAAAAAGUGAACAAUGAAGGCAGGAUUUUAGAAAGUGCUCAUAACAUUUUGGAGCAAAUUAAUUCCUUAUUGGUAUCAGCAGCAAAUCCUUCAGAUGAGACAUCCUUAUCAAUCAGAUUGUCAUUAAUUAAAGCCAGGCAAGAAGAACUUUUUUCUCGUAAAAGGACACUACAGAAUUUAAUAAAUCAGAACAGUGUGGUACCACAAGGAGAAGAUGAAUAUAAUAAAUUACUUGCAGAUAUGGAUAAGGCUAAUGCGAGCCUUUCUAGUCACCGCGAAUACGUAGAGAAUAAACUUGCAUCUCUUAAAAAAUACAUUUGUACUUUGGAUGCUGUUAUGGCGUGGGUCAUGGAAACUCGAACGAGAAUAAAUAUAUCCCGAGAAUUACCUCAACAAGAGCGAACUGAAGUUAUUAACAAUGUUAUGACUAAAGUCGAAGAUCGAGAAAUGGAAGUAAAGGAUGUUCUAGAAAAUUAUACCAAUUUGGAGAAAGAAUGCGAAUCUGCAAAACAGCCUAUUUCUGUAGAAUUACAAGAAAAAUUGAAAAAGUUACGGGAAGAUUGGCAAUUUGUGAAGAACAAUGGAGAAUCACAGAACCAUGAGCUUAAAACUACAGUGGUCGUUGGAAUCGCGACGCAAGGAACUGAAGUCGACAAAACUGCAGGAGCUGCACCGGGGGCAUCGGGUGCAACUGCAGGGGGCCCUCGGGGGUUGACACCUUCCCCUGCCCCCUCGACACCCUCGACCCCCGUUACUACCAGUAGUCCCUCGGUCUACACCUCCUCGCCGUCGUCCUCACCCUCGCCUUCUUCCUCGCCCUCUGCCCUCGUAGCUGGCUUCGACAAAUCGGUGCUACAGAUACGCGAUUGGCUGUCAGUGGAGGAAGAGAUGCUACGAAAACAAGCGGUGGUCGUCGGCGAUGUCGGCGAAAUUAUGGAGGCGCUUGAUAAACAAAUGGAUGUCCUGCGAGAGCUGGGGCAGAAAAAGCCGCAGCUGGACGAGCUGGUGCACACCGCGGAAGCGCUUCGCGCGGACACGAAUAGGCAGCAAGUGCACGGUAAAGUUACGAAGCUGAGGGAGCACUGGGACGAGAUGAACUCGAAAAUGAUGCAGAGGAAGACGGAGUUGGACGCGAUGCUCGGGGACAGCCAGCGAUACGAGGCGAAGAGGAACGAGGUGGAGGUCUGGUUGGCGCGAAUGGAAACUCGGCUGGAGAAAAUGCGGGCCGUCGGACACACCGCCGAUGUUCUCGAGGCACAGCUCAGGGAACAAAAGUCGUUCCACGCGGAGCUCCACCAGUACAAGCACCAGAUCGAGCAGUUCAAUCAGCUCACUCAGAAGUUGAUCGCCGUUUAUCAAGAGGACGACACGACCCGCGUGAAAAAGAUGACAGAGACCAUCAAUCAGAGAUACAACAACUUGAACUCCAGUAUCAUCAAUCGAGGAAAACUGCUUCACUCCGCGAUGAACUCCCUCCACAACUUCGACCGGUCCCUGGACAAGUUCUUGGCUUGGUUGAGCGAAGCUGAGUCCUCGAUGGAAGGAUUGGAAGCGGAGGCCGAUCGACUAGGCGGACGACGAGACCAGGGUGCGCUCAGACGACCGCAACAUCAGCUUAAGGACCUGCAAUCGGAAAUCGAAACACACCGAGACGUAUACGCGUCCCUGAACGGCACAGGCCGGAAGCUGUUGAGCUCUCUAGCCAGCCAGGAUGACGCUGUUAUGCUGCAACGACGACUGGACGAGAUGAACCAGCGAUGGCAUCACUUGAAAGCGAAGAGCAUGGCGAUAAGAAAUCGAUUGGAGAGCAAUACGGAACACUGGAACGCUCUUCUGUUGUCUCUGCGCGAGCUGAUCGAGUGGGUGAUCAGGAAAGACACGGAACUCACCGGCUUGGGCCCCGUCUGCGGAGAUGUAGCCGCCUUGCAGAAGCAAGAAGACGACCAUCGCGGCUUCAGGAGACAGCUCGAGGACAAACGGCCGAUCGUGGAGAACAACCUGCUCAGCGGACGACAGUACAUCGCCAACGAGCCACCGCUGUCUGACACGUCGGAUUCCGAAGCCGGAAGAGAAUUGGAUGGUGAUUCGAGGGGCUACAGAAGCGCGGAGGAGCAGGCACGCGAAUUGACGCGCAGCAUUCGCCGGGAAGUGAACAAACUUUCGGAGCAGUGGAACGCCCUAAUCGAACGUAGCGAUGCGUGGAAGCGGAAACUCGACGACACCGCUAACAAAAUAUGCGUGUUCCAAAAGACGCUGGAGGAUCUUUCGUCGCGGAUGGCCGGCGCCGAGGCGAUCCAGAGCGGCUGGCAGAAUGCGAGCGACGCGAACGAGGCAACGGAAUUGCUGAAGCAAUUGGAGAAAUUCGGCGAACGACUCUUGCCGAUCCAGAGGAGCAUCGAGUACGCGAACGAUCAAGCGAGCGUCUUCGCCUCGAGCAGCGUCAUCGUUUCUCAUGCUUUGCUGGCGAAACUCGAAGAUCUCAACACCAGGUGGAAGGUGCUGCAAGUGGCGGUUGACGAGCGUUACAAGUUGCUAAGCGGAUUUGGAAAGGAUGGCAGCACUCCGGGUAGCCAGGCUUUCCUCGCGAGCAGCGUGGAACCACCAUGGGAGAGAGCCCUCACACCCGCCAAAGUGCCUUACUAUAUCAACCAUCAGUCGGAGACCACCCAUUGGGAUCAUCCGAAGAUGAUAGAGCUGAUGUCCUCGCUGGCGGACCUGAACGAAGUACGAUUUUCGGCGUACAGGACCGCGAUGAAGCUGCGCACCGUGCAAAAGCGAUUGUGCCUGGACAUGUUGAGUCUUUCCACCGCAUUAGAGCAGUUCGAUUCGCACGGACUCCGAGCGCAAAACGACAAACUAAUCGACAUUCCCGACAUGGUGACAGUCCUGACGUCCCUGUACGAAGUGAUAACGGCGGAUAAUCCGACGCAAGUGUCCGUGCCGUUGUGCAUCGAUUUGGCCAUCAACUGGCUCCUCAACGUGUACGAUAGUCAACGAACCGGCCAGAUUCGCGUUCUCUCCUUCAAAGUUGGUCUGGUCCUGUUGUGCAAGGGACAUUUGGAAGAGAAAUAUCGAUAUCUGUUCCGGCUGAUCGCUGAUCCAAACAGACUGGUGGAUCAACGAAAGCUCGGUUUAUUGUUGCACGACUGCAUCCAAGUGCCAAGGCAGCUGGGAGAAGUGGCGGCAUUCGGAGGAUCGAACAUCGAGCCGAGUGUUCGCAGCUGCUUCGAGAAAGCUGGGAAAGACAAAAAUGAGAUAGAAGCGGUGCACUUUUUGAGCUGGCUGCAACAAGAGCCGCAGAGCAUGGUCUGGUUGCCUGUGCUUCAUAGACUCUCCGCCGCGGAGAGCGCAAAGCAUCAAGCCAAAUGUAACAUAUGCAAGGAAUAUCCUAUCACUGGAUUCAGGUAUCGUUGUUUGAAAUGCUUCAAUUUCGACAUGUGCCAGAACUGCUUCUUCUCGGGCCGAAAGGCAAAGAACCACAAAUUGACGCAUCCGAUGCAGGAAUAUUGCACAGCGACCACAUCUGGCGAGGACGUGCGCGACUUCACGAGAGCGCUUCGGAACAAAUUCAAGUCGAAGAGAUACUUCAAAAAGCAUCCGAGAGUCGGUUAUCUGCCGGUGCAGACUGUUCUGGAGGGAGACGCGCUCGAAAGCCCAGCGCCCUCGCCGCAACAUAGCUCCCUUAGCCAGGACAUGCACUCUCGAUUGGAAAUGUACGCGUCCCGGCUGGCGGAAGUCGAGUUAUCGCGUACAAGAAGCAACUCAACGCCGGACAGUGACGACGAGCAUCAGCUGAUUGCCCAUUAUUGUCAGAGCUUGAACGGCGGUGACAAUGUGAACGUGCCCAGGAGCCCUGUGCAGAUGAUGGCCGCUAUCGACGCUGAACAGAGAGAGGAACUCGAAGCGAUGAUACGCGAGCUGGAGGAGGAGAACGCAACACUCCAAGCGGAAUACGAACGGUUACGCUCGAAACAGACUCCGGGCUCAACGCCGGAAGACGGUCACGGUAACCGACAGCCUGACUGUGACAUGAUCGCUGAGGCGAAAUUAUUGAGACAGCAUAAGGGUAGAUUAGAGGCGCGCAUGCAGAUACUCGAGGAUCAUAAUCGUCAGCUGGAAGCGCAACUACAGAGACUCAGACAACUUUUGGACGAACCAAAUGCUUCCUCGCCAUCAAAAACGGGCACACUACAAACGCGAAGCGUGACUGCAUCUCAAUUGGCAACAGAUUCACCUGCUAAAAUGAACGGACAUUAUCACGAUUCUCCAGGUGGUGGAGGCUCGAACGAAGGAAGAGUGAGCAGUUUAGAGAGGCCACCACCGCCACCGCAUUCUCACAGCGUUGCCCACAACGUAGGCAAUCUCUUGCACAUGGCAGGAGACUUAGGGAAAGUAGUCGGUGAACUGGUGACAGUGAUGACCAGCGAGGACUCGUCGAAAACGAACGGACAGAGGGCACCACCGCCGGCUUUCAAAUAACGACUAUUACCGCGACUCUGUUCGGGGAUAUUGUCUUACGUCUCAACGAUAUCGAUGGACACGUGACGAUAUGAAAAGAAACGAUACCGAUUCGAUCGAUCACGCACAUAUACAUAAUACACGCACGCGAGAUCCACGAACUUUUAAACGUUUUAAAUCAAUGACCAAUAAGAAGCCUGGCUCUAAACGCAUAUCAAGGAAAAAGAAUAUCGCGCAAAAAUGCAGGGUCAGGGCAGUCGCCAUAGUGGUUUUGGGUAUUUUAUAAGUUUUGAUAUACACCGUUGUAUAGCUAAAUUAUAUUGACUAAGACGAUUAUGGUUUGGCUUUGGCGGCUCCCUGAGGGUACAUAUUGAGGGUACUUUGCUACAUAUUGACACGUCAUAUCAUUGAAAAAGAAUAAUCGUACCAGGAGAUGAAAGGGGGAAAACAAUGGAAGGAAACGAAUCAAUUGUUAAAUGCUUGCUAGUUAAAGAAAAAAAAAAAAAAAAAAAAAAAAAAAAAA